AUGGUCAGCAAUAUCAAGAAGGGCAGAAAAUCGGUAUUCAAGGAGCUGGGACUGGACAACGACUUUAGCGACGAUUGUGGUUCGCCCGUUGUGGAGACUUUCCAACAGUCUUGUGUCCGACAGGAAUCGAUGUCUAGCGAGAAGGAAUUUGGAGAUGUACCUGGGCUGGGGGAAUCGAAACGCGACGGCACAUCGAAUGAUGACGAAGACGACGCGGAGGACGAUGGCGAUGGGGACAGCAGGCGCUCCGAGACCGAACAGCGCGAAACGGCGGCCGACUCUAGACAGCGAAGCUCAAGUCAGGCUGUGAAGCUGUCUUGGUACAAUAAGCUCUCCCAAGGUUAUCGACGGCCGAGGAUCAAGACGGUCUCUAGCGCGCCACCGCCCACGGUCUCAAGUCUGCAGCGGGUCGGCAUGAUUGCAUUGCUCAUCGCGGUCAUCAUCCCGGCAUUCAGCUACAACAAUGGCCGCCAGAAGAUUGAGAGCGGUGCGGUCGCGGGUGUCGUGCGCCCACGAGCAACGACUUCGACGGAUGUUUGCCUGAGAUGGGCUCAGCAGGCGGCUUUACUCAACGGAACCGUUUACAUGUAUGGAGGUCAAUCCAAGACGGAGUCUUCACAGACCGUCAACACUUGGAACAACGACUUUCUCACUCUCGACCUUACGAAAUCAUGGGACACGAAAUCGCCCUCCAUCAAGGGCAUGACGAUACCCAACGGACCCCCAGCAGUCGCCAACGGCUACUUGUGGCACGACUACGACUACCUCUACCUCUACGGUGGCCAAUUCGCCGACAACGACGGCGCCGAAGGCACGUAUGCCACCGUUGCUCCCAUGUCAAUCUGGCGAUACUCCGUUAAGGACAGCUCCUGGCUCGAGUUUAAGGAUCCUCGCACGUCAGCUGGCAACUACUCAACGGCAGCCGAUACCCCCGUCCAACGCUCCGCCGAAGGCGCCGGCUUGUCGGUACCCGAGCUCGGGCUGAGUUGGUACUUUGGCGGCCACCUCGACUGGCUAACCACCGAGGGCUGGUCAACCCAGACUCCGAGGGUGUACCUCAAGAGCCUGUUGGAGUUUACACACCCUGGGUACCUGAACACCGGUGUUGACGCGCUUCGCGCCGCGGGCGCUGCCGACGGCGGGGUGUUUCGUAACGUGACGGAGGGCGGGUUGCAGGAAACGGAUGCGUUCCCGGAACGAGCUGACGGUGUCUUGGUUUUUGUGCCCGGGUGGGGUGCGAGGGGAGUCUUGAUCGGCAUGGCGGGAGGGUCCGACAAGACAUUUGUCGACGACCUCGGCACCCUCGACGUGUAUGACAUCGCCACGUCUGAGUGGUAUCAUCAGAGGACAACUGGUGACAGGCCAUCUGUGCGCGUCAACCCAUGCGCCGCCAUUGCUAGUGCACCAGAUGCCUCGAGCUUCCAGAUCUAUUUCUUCGGUGGACAGAAUCUGCAGCCGUUCGGCAACCAAACACAGUACAACGAUAUGUACAUCCUCUCCAUCCCUGCCUUCGCCUGGAUCAAAGUCGACGCAACCGACGGCGUCCCCGCCCCCCGCGCUGGCCACACCUGCACCAUGCGCGACGGCCAAAUCAUCGUCGCCGGCGGCUACCUCGGCCCCGAUGCCGGGUGCGAAUCCCCUGGCGUCUUCGUCUUUGACGCGAGCAACCUCAAGUGGAAUACGGGCUUCAAAGCCGGCUCCCACGCAGCGGACUUUAGCUCCGAGAACUCCGUCCUGGCCGGGUCCUACGGCUACAAGGUCCCCGGCAAAGUCCAGAGCGUCAUCGGCGGCAGCUCCGAGGGCGGGGCUACCGCCACCACACCCGCAGCCGGCCCGGCUACGGGCGGUCCGUUCAAGACGGGUACGCCGCCUGUCUUCACUGUGACUCAGGGUGGCGCGACGGCUACUGUCACGGGCAUGGGACCUACGAGUACUUCUGCGGGCCAAGCGCCGGCAAAGGAUGAUGGAGGCGGAACGAACCCUGGCCUCAUCGCCGCGGGUGUCAUCGCCGGUAUCCUAGGCGCGUUAGCCAUGUACCUCGGCUUCUGCGCGUGGCUUUACCGUCGCCAGGUCGCGGCAUACAAGCAGCAUCUGUCUCAGGUAAACCGUUAUUCGGGUGCCAGCUCCAUGCACUUUGGCGCCGCGGGUUUCUUCGGUGCUGGUGAUCGUGAAGAGAGGAGGGAGCGCGGGCACCGCCGCGAUGCGAGCACCGUCAGCGACGAGUCCUUCUCGUGGGUUGGCACCGGCGUCGAACCGAAGUGGAUGACGGACGAUCCUACACCAGGCUCUGGAUCUGGCGGGACGGCGAGCGGAAGUGGUGCUGGCAGCGGGUUGAAGCGGAAGAGCGAGGACACGAGAACAUUCAAGAGCGGGCCGAGUGGGACUGAUCCGCGGACGAGCUCUAGUAGACGCGACAAUACUGAUAACGAGAGUGUUUCUAGCACGGAGCAGUUGCUUGAUGGGCAGGAGCCGAGUUUCUUCUCGGUUGUCAUGGGGCCCAGGCGUGCUUUGCGGGUUGUCAACAGUACCGAGUAA